AUGGCUGAAGCAACACUUAAUUAUCAAACAAUUCGAACUUCUCAUGCGGCUCGUGAAGCAGAUGAUUUAAGAGUCGAAAAUCGAAAAAAAAAUUUAAUUAUCCUUGUACUUCAAUGGCUUGCUGAAGAAGGGUAUGUUGAAUCUGCUCGACAACUCGAACAUGAAACAAAUCUUGAUGUUAGUAAAUAUGAUGUUUGUGAUAAUAUUGAUCUUGAUACAAUUCUUCAAGAAUAUGAGUCUUAUUUUUUUAUUAAAUUUAACAAAUAUCCAAAAUUGACAAAAAAAAAUGGCCCCACAGCUCCAUUUGCGAGUAAAAUCUCUACUAAAUUAACCAGUGCUCAACCGAGUGCUCGUCGUAGUAAUGUUCCAUCAUUACCACGUGUUACUAAUAAUGGAACCGAUGCUACAACAACAACAACUUCUGUUGGUCAAAGUACUCGUCCACCAUCUGCUGGUGAUGCACUUCGAAAAAUAACUUUUACUCGUAAACUUAAUCGAUCAAAUUCAGAGAAAAUAAAUGCACAUUUAUCACCAUCAUCAGGUUUACAACAAACUUCUUCACAACAAUUAGGAAACACAAAUAAUAAUCAUUCAACUAAUUCAUUAGAAGAAAUGAGUCUUUCUUUUAUGAAAGUAUCAUCUGUAAAAACAACAACAUCAUCGAAUGAACAACAACAGCAACAACAACAGCAGCAACAACAAAAUGGAAAUAAGAAAAAAUUUCCUAAUACCAUAAUCGAUUGUCGGGCGAUCAUAAAUGAAACACUACGUGUGCCUAUCGAAGAAAAUGUUGAUCCAGCUGACCGUUUAUUAAAACCUCUAGGUGGUUUUAUUGGUUACAAUUCUGAAUGGCGUGAAUUAGCUGAAGUUGUUAGUCGGGUAAAUACAGAAUAA